CAACUUUAAACAUUAAGAUGCCACCAAAAAGACAAACACGUCAGGACCAGUCUGAAUCUCAGGGUCCAUACCCUAACACUCGAACAACUAAAGCCAAGCAGAAAGAGAAUAAGGAUAAUCAGAUACGAGGUAAGCGGAGAACGGUCUUAAAACUUGAGCAACUUCAACAGGAUCUUCAAGUCCUACAGGGUAAUGUUGAGGAUAUUAUUACUUAUGAAGGCUCAGAUCAUAAAGAAGUGAUAAAAAAAAUUGAGCAAGCUGAGAAAAAGCUUAAAGCUUUGUCUACAAAAGGAUUCGAGGCCUUUGCCUCGUAUAACGAAGAGAUGAAUCAGCCAUUGGAGCCUGGGAGAAUCCGAAAAUUGAUGAAAAAGUUGCGCGAACUUGCCCGGGAUGCAAAUUUACAAAAUUUUGAGCCGGUGAUCGAGGAGAUUGAGAGCGGGUUGAAAACAUGUCCUCGAUGGCACUCAUUCGACAUGGUAGUUGAGACUAAAUACUAUGACCCAGAUGGGAGAGGCGAGGUUAAUGCCUGCUAUUACAUGUGGAAGGAUGAUACCCCCAUAUUCCUCGCAGAUGCGACUUAUUCUUGGCCUGUCCGGGGCGACGUCUAUGGCGAGUAUUCUUGCGGAUUCACACGAAAAGAUUGGGAAGCACUCGAAUUCGUUCCAAAGGAUUUGCAUAAAUUCUUACCUAAAGAGUCUAUAAGUACAGAAAUGUGCGAGGGAUGCAAAUCGGAAGGUGAUUUAUUUGAAGCGUAUCAGGCUCAUGAUAAAAGUGAAUGGUUUUUAUGGCUUAUUGCAGAGCUUGCAGAUGAGGAAUCGGAUGAGGAAUCGACAUACUGGAAUCUCUUGAAGAAGUUUGUCCCAAAAAGAAAGGCAACAAUCCUUGAUUAGGACAAUCAAUAUGUAGUUUCUUUGACUCCGCUGGAGGAGCUUUGAUCAAACAUUAGCUGAAAAAAUCAAGAAUCUUCAAUAUUUUUAGUCUAUCCAAACAUUGAGUUAGAUAGUUCUCUUGAACCUCUUGAAUGAAUAUACGGUUCUAAUAGCAAAGAAUGUAGAGC